UUACGUUGUUGUUUAUGAAAAAAGUUUGUUGGGGUCUCUUGUAUAGUCUUCGUGUGGUUCCAGAUUGUAAUUUAAUUUACCAACGUUUCAAUUAUUCGAAUAGGUAAAAUAAUAAACAAUUUUUGAGUGGAAAUUAACAAGCUAAAAUGGCUCCACCAAAACCAAAAAAAGCCGCCACAACCAAAGUGACACCUGUUAAUGAACCAGAUCCGAAAACUACAGUUAAAACUUCUCCUAGAAGGCCAAAAAGCCCUGGAAAACCAAAAAGUCCUGGAAGGCCAAAAAGUCCUGGAAGGCCAAAAAGUCCUGGAAGGGUAAAAGCUCCUGGGAAGCCAAGAAGUCCUUCAAAGCCAAAUGCUGCUAGCAGUCCUAGCACUAAAAGUCCCUCGCGAACCAAAAGUCCUGGUAGGCCUAAGAGCCCAGCAAGAUUGAAAGCUGGAGCGAGUGGUGAGGCAUUCAAAUCCCCUCCUACAACAGCAACAUCGAUCCCAGAUUCUCCAAGAAGAAGCAGCCGAGUUAAAUAUUUAACUCCUACAAUGAGGAGCCCGAUAAGAUUUUCACCCUUAAGAUAUAGUAGCGAAAAGGAAAUCGCUAAAACUGAAAGUGGGAUUGCUAGGAAGCACCAGAUCGUCAUUGAGUCGGAUUCAGAAGCUGACGAAUUACUUGAGUUGAGAGAAAAACCCAAAGCUGCUGUUCGAGGACUGUCCAGAAAUGAUUUAAUUGAAAAAGUUGAAUUAACAAGAGAUCCGUCAGUAGAAUCCACCAACAGCUCACAAGUCUCAAAAAGAAUCACCAGAUCUCAGUCAUUUCAAAGAGAAGCUGAAAAAGUGUUUCAUUCGAAAAGAUUCAGUACUCUUAUUGCUGCAAAACUUUCAGAGUUUUCAGAUGAAGAUGAACUAUUGAUGAAACAAUCAACUGCAACAAAAACUGGCAAAAUUUACGAUUACGGAGGCCCUGUAGGAGUUUCACUGUUGCUGAUCUUUCUUCCAGCUGUGGGAUUUUUCCUUCAUACAGCUUGUAACAAAAAAAGUUGCACUUUCAGUAGCUUGCCCAAUGAUUUGGGUAACUUUUCAAGUUUGUCCGCUUACUUUAAUUUGGAAGUUUCUUUAGGGUAUUUGGCCUAUGUUUCUUGGUUGUUUAUCUUGAGCGCUUUGCCUUUUGGCGGUAGCAAAAUUACAAGUUUGCCAGAUAAAAAUGGAGUUUUCGUUCACGUUAACAAUGGAUUAUUUACAGCAGUAGUCACACUGGGUUUGAUGUUUUUGCUUGAAUAUAUGCAUAUUCCUGUUGUGAAUCGUAUUUUGGAUAAUCAGUUGCAAUUGUUUAUUACUUCACUGGUUUUAGCAGUUUUUUUGAGUAUUUUUUCUUACAUCAGAAGCUUUUACGUGCCGAGCAGUGCCCUCAACCCACAUGUUGUUGGCAAAAAUAAACUCUACAGCUUUUUCAUGGGCAGAGAGUUGCAUCCUAAAAUUUUCAAGGUUGUUGACUUGAAAAUGUUUCUUCAGAAACUCGUUUUCAUUUCUGAGUUGGUAAUCAUUGUUGCGUGGAUUUUCAACCGUUAUCAGGCAACAGAAUCUAUUAGGGAAGAAGAUUUAAAAACUAGAUUAUCAAAGCUCCAGUCUACUUUUGUCGUCUACAGUUUGCUGCAGUUAUUGUAUGUUUUUGAUGGUUUGGUGUUUGAGAAAGCCUGGGUCACUUCCAAGGAAAUACAACAAGAAGGUUUUGGGUAUGCAAUGAGUGUAUCCUAUUUGAUAUAUCCAUUUUUGUCGUCAGUUGCCAUCAAAUUUAUAGUGGAACACAAUGUGCAAUUAGCUUAUUGGAAAUUGGCUUCAAUCGCUCUAACUUAUCUCGUUGGAUAUUAUAUUGCUAGAAGUAGUAAUAACCAGAAAGAUGCUUUUAGAAAAAACCCUUAUAAUCCAUCACUUUCUCACUUGGAAACAAUUCCUACGACUCACGGCAAAAAGCUCAUCGCUUCAGGCCUGUGGGGUUUUGUCAGACAUCCGAACUACUUAGGUACCAUAAUCUCCGAACUGUCUUUGGCUGCGUUCACUUUGUGCGCUCCUCCUGUAUUUUUGAGAUACUUGAAUGUCAUAUUUUUGAUUCACCGUGCUAGCAGGGACAAUAAUCAUUGUAGACAAAAGUACGGAGCCGCUUGGGACCGGUACUGUAAUAGAGUUAGGUACUUGUUGGUACCAAAGGUUUAUUAAAGACUUGGUAGCUUUUUCUAGAUGAAUAGCAAAAAAACGUCCUAUUUGCAAAAGACAUACUUAUUUUUUUUUUUUUUGAGAAUAUCGAAUCUAGUUUAGACUAUAAAUCUAGAAAAAUCCAUAACUUUUUUUGUAGUAUGUUAGUAGAAAAGAACAUUUUAAAAAUGACAUGUAACCUUUAUUUUUUGGUAAGUUAAAAAAUGAUUUUUUGUUUUUUAAAUCAUUUUAGUACUAGGGUAAUCUUCAAUAAUUAGAGUUAUUCAACGACAUAUCUAUUUUUCUAAAUUAAUAAUUAUAUGUAGUUUGUAUUAUAGAAAAAACUCAGAUUAUUGAGUUUGUGGAGGCAAGGAUACGUUCUGAUGCGUCAGGAAAACUUAUUGGAAUUGGAUUUAUGAACAAAGUUUUUUUGUAUGUAUUUAUCAGAAUUUGUAAUUUUAUCAUAGUACGUAAUUAUUGAUAUGCAAUCAUUGGAUCUCUUUAAUUAGGUGAGAGUCUAAAAAAAGUCUCGUAUCGUUAUACAUAAUAUUUUUUUUUUAAUCAAUUAUUUCUAUAUUAUGUGCCUUGUGACUAAGGUUAAGGCAAAAGAGUACAAAGUAUUUUCUAAAAUAUCAGAUUGCCAUGAAUUUGACCGCAGUGUAGUUGUUUUAGAAUUAUAUAAUAUCAAAUAAACAUUUACAUACAAAGUUUUCUUAAACUCUGAUUAAUUUGCAAUGAAAUUUGAACGUUUUAACUGUCAAAUUACAUUGCAUGUAAUGUAACCAGACUGAAGUGAACUUUAUAUGUACAUACUUUAUAAAGAACAAAAUAAUGUGUACCUUGGGUUAUAUUUGAAAUGAAAAUUUAUUAUUUAUGGGACAUAGAUGUUGGGAAUAAUGUAUCUAUGAUAAUACGUAAUUUUAUUUUAUUUUUUUUACAGAACAAAAUUAAUUUUUAAUGUAAUAAAAUAUCAGACGCUUUAAUUAUUAGGUUUUUUUUUUAAACCCCGAGCGUCUGAAAUUUUGUUAUUUUUCACAUGUAACAAAGAAAUGAGAGCCUUUUUACUGUAAUUUUUUUGUGUUUAUUGACAUGGAUUACCAUUUAAUUAACAAUUUAUUUGUAUUUUAGUUGAUAAUUGGAUUGAAUAAAAACUUAAGAUAUACAAAUUGAUGUUUUUUUUUUUAAAAAUUUAGAACCUGUGCUAA